UUCUCACCACCGAGCGGAAGUGUGCUGCUCUGCUGUACAGCCUCGACAUCCUCCUCGCACAUAUCGCCCGCCGCCACCACAGCAAGCCGAUGCGCUGGUCCGCACCGGCAGACUGCUUCCACCGCCGCAGCCGCUCACGAACCCCCCCUCCGUCUCCGCCAUGGCCGUCUCACGCUCAUUACGGAGGAAUCACACCAUCACCUAUGUGCUCUCGGCGAUGCUGGGAGUCGGGUUUCUGUGGUUCCUCUUUGGCGAUAGCACCACGAUGCCCUCGAUAUCGACUGCACCGCGGCAACUGCUAAAAAGUAAAGACGCCGCAUCGAAUGCGCUGUCUCCGCCCUCAUUGCCCUUUCGCAAGCCUGCCAGCUUGGGCCCGAACGAAGUAGCACCUCCGCCGCCCGUGGUGCACUAUCACAUGAACAACGUGACCGCGACCGCGGACCCCAUAGGCAACCGCGAGUCCAUCCUCAUCCUGACCCCUCUGGCCCGCUUCUACCAGGAAUAUUGGGACAAUCUGGUCAAGCUGUCAUAUCCUCAUGAUUUAAUUUCUCUGGGUUUCAUUAUACCCAAGGGCCGUGAAGGCAACAUAGCAACGCAACAAUUACAAGAUAGGAUAUCAAAAACACAGGCGCCGACGAAUAAGAAUCGCUUUGCCUCUAUCACCAUUUUGCGACAGGACAGCGAACCACCGACCGCCCAGACCGAGUCGGAGCGGCAUGCCAUGGCUGCACAGAAAGAGCGACGGGCUGCCAUGAGCAAGGCAAGGAACAGCUUACUCUUCACCACGUUGGGCCCCACCACAUCUUGGGUAUUAUGGUUGGACAGCGACAUUGUAGAGACACCGCCGAGCCUGAUUCAAGAUCUGGCGUCACACGAUAAGCCCAUCAUCGUGCCAAAUUGCUAUCAGCGGUAUUAUAACAAAGAGAAGGAUGCGCAAGAUGUCCGACCUUACGACUACAACAGCUGGCAGGACUCGGAGAUUGCGAAGGGGCUCGCGGAUAAAAUGGGCCCGGAUGAGAUUCUGCUCGAGGGCUACGCCGAAAUGGCUACGUACAGAUCGCUCAUGGCGAAACUGGCUGAUCUCAACGGAGACCCGCAAAAGGAAAUGGAAUUGGACGGAGUUGGCGGCACUGCUCUUCUCGUCAAGGGAGAUGUUCACAGGGACGGCGCAAUGUUUCCGCCUUUCCCAUUUUACCACUUGAUUGAAACCGAGGGCUUUGCUAAAAUGGCCCGUAGGCUGGGCUGGAAGUCAUGGGGACUGCCCAAUUAUUUUGUAUACCACUACAACGAAUGAGGCAUAUGCAGUGUAUUGGCGUGGAGUCUCGGCGCCCCGGCGAGGGCAUAUAUAGCAUAGAGCAUAGCGAGGGGUUGCUUGCGUUUGUUCGUGGGUUCAAAUUUUCGCUGACCGCAUCACAAAAUGGUCGGCCCCCACUGCAGUCAAAGUUAGAGACAUUCGCUGUAUCACCUACUCGUGCAGAGGCUACCAGCGCGCAGCGUCCUGGUGGAACCGCAUUCAGGCCGAUGCAGAAAAACAGCAGAAGGGG